UAUAUAUAUAACUCAAGUUUCCUUCUACACUAAAGAAACCAUCACAAGUUUGAUCAUUCAGUCAAACUCCAAAUUUUCAAUGGCCUCAAUAAGCUUAGGUGAAGCUUCCAUAGCCAUCUUUUCCUCUAUCAUCUUUAUCCUUUGUCUCUACCUCUUCAAGAAUCCUCAUAAUAAAGUCUUUCUUAGAAACUGGCCAGUUCUUGGCAUGCUUCCUGGUCUGCUCAUGGAGUUCCAUCGGAUCUAUGACUUUAGCGUAGAGAAUCUCGAGGCGUCUAACUUGACGUUUGCAUUCAAGGGCCCGUGGUAUUUUGGAAUGGAUAUGUUGUUCACGGUUGAUCAAGAAAAUAUUCGUCAAAUAAUGAACUCAUACUCUUCAAAUUACACCAAAGGUCCUGACUUCAAAGAAGUAUUUGAUGUUUUUGGAGACGGGAUACUCACCGCGGAUUCGAAGCUAUGGAAGAGUCUGAGGAAAGCUUCUAAAGCCAUGGUCGACCACCAAAGGUUUCAAAGGUUGUCAAUGAGUACCACGAGAAGAAAACUCAAUGAUGGGCUUGUUCCUUUUUUCAAUAAGAUAGCGGAGGAAGAAACGGUCGUGGACUUGCAGGACUUGUUCGGGAGGUUCAUGUUCGACACAACAUUAAUGACAGUAAGUGGGUGUGAUGAUCCUAGAUCUUUAUCCAUUGAAAUGUCAGAGGUGGAUGAGUUCGCUAAAGCUCUCAACGAUGUAGGAGAAGCGAUUAUGUAUAGGCAUGUUAAACCAAAGUUUUUGUGGAAGUUGCAAAGAAGGAUUGGAUUUGGACAAGAGAAGAAGUUGUCCAAAGCUGACGCCACUUUAAAUCGAAUGUGUGCAAAGUUUAUAUUAGAUAAGAGAGAAGAGAUAAGAUCACAAGAUUUUACUCACAAUUUUAAUGAUGAAGGGGAUGACCUUUUGACAUCCCACAUGAAGCUAGAUGCAACCAAGUACGAGCUCUUGAACCCAAACGAUGAUAAGUUUCUUAGAGACACCAUGUUAGCUUUCAUUCUAGUGGGGAGAGAUACAGGAGAUACCACUGCUUCUGCUCUCACUUGGUUCUUUUGGCUUUUGUCCGAAAACCCUCAAGUUGUCGCUAACAUUCGCCAAGAGAUCAAUAUAAAUCUGUCAAGAGUAACCACUGGUGGUGAUGGUGGCCUAGAGAGGCCGUCUUAUGAUGUUUCUAUAGAUUUCUUGAACAAACUAGUGUAUUUACAUGGUUCCUUGUAUGAAGCAAUGAGACUUUACCCGCCGGUUCCAUUCGAGCGUUUGUCUCCAGUAAAACAAGAUAAGCUUCCAAGUGGGCAUGAAGUGGACCCAAGUAUGAAGAUUUUAAUCUUUGUUUACGCGUUGGGGAGGAUGAAAGCAAUAUGGGGAGACGACGCAUUGGAAUUUAAGCCGGAGAGAUGGGUUUCAAUGACAGGAGGGUUGAUAGAAGUUCCUUCCACCAAGAUCUUUUCGUUUAAUGCGGGUCCAAGAGCUUGCUUGGGUAAGAAGUUAGCUAUGACUCAAAUGAAGACAGUGGUCAUGGAGAUAUUACAAAACUAUGAUAUUCAAGUUGUUGAAGGCCAAAAGAUUGAACCAGCUCCUGGUCCUAUUCUUCGCAUGAAGCACGGUCUUCGAGUCACACUUUCUAAACGAUAUUCAUCUUAAAAUCUAUGCUCAGAAUGUUUUUUUUUUUUUUUUUUUUUUCAAUUUUGAAUUUCAAAAUCAUAGCCUAAAAAUAAGAAUUAAACUCUUAGGGUUGAAUUUCCUAAGUUGUAAUAUUUGAUUGAUGAAAUGAAUGUAUUCUUAUAGUAAUGAUCAUGAAUGAAAUGUGACAACCAUCAUAUCUUAAAGAAUAGGAUUGUGCUUUCUUUGUAGCGUUUUAUGCGUCCAUGGAUUUUCUUAUCCUGCCCGGUAGCUAUAGCGCGGACACUCAUUAAUCUCUACAAGACUACAAUGGUAAAUCUUGUCAUAUAAGAAGACGACAUAAAACCACUAGACACCUAAUAAAAAUGUGGCGGAAUCGAUCAUCUAAGCCACUUGCUAACGCAAAUCACCAUCAAACCUUGGAUAUUGGUAGUUUGCCAACUCACCCAUUAUUUUUCUAUGUACAUUAAAAAAAAAUCUCCUUCGAAUUCAUAAUACCUUUUAUUUUAUA